GCAGCUAUUUAAGCCUUUAAAUAACCUUUUAACACUUCUGUCCCCGUCUGAACUCAUGCAUCUGCUGUUUUAAUGCUAAAUAUCUUUGUUUCUCGGAGCCAUAACCACAGUCACAAUGUCCAGACGCAGCGGUCGCAUCACUUUGCAAACCAGAGACUCAAACACACUUCAGCCCACCGCCAGAGCCCCGCUGAAGAGAAGGAAAUCUGAGCCCUCAAAGAAAAAACUACAACCUGCUGCCAAAAAACAAAGCUAUGAAAUACAGACGUGUUGGUCGGAGGACGGAGCGAGUCCCUGCGUCCUCAUCGAAACUCCCCACAAAGAACUGGAACCUGCAGAUCCGUCCAGCUUCAAGCAGUACAGAUUCAAGAACCUCUUCAUCAAGUCCUCCCCCAUCCCCGUCCUCAGCUGGGCGAGCUCGGAUGACGUGUGGAUCAAGAUGCUCAACAAGGAGCUGAAGUACGUCCACGAUAAGAGCUACCUGCAGCGGCAUCCCAGACUGCAGCCCAACAUGAGGGCCAUCCUGCUGGACUGGCUGCUGGAGGUGUGUGAGGUGUACUCGCUCCACCGGCAGACGGCCUACCUCGCUCAGGACUUCUUCGACCGCUUCAUGCUGACUCAGGAGAACGUCAACAAGGAUUACCUUCAGCUCAUCGGCAUCUCAGCGCUCUUCAUCGCCUCCAAGAUAGAGGAAAUCUACCCUCCUAAAAUCACAGACUUCGCCUACGUCACAGACGGAGCCUGUGAUAUCUGGGACAUCCAGCGCACCGAGCUUCACAUACUAAAGGCGUUGAACUGGAGUCUCUGUCCGGAGACGCCGAUCUCCUGGUUGAAGCUUUACGUUCAGGUCGAAGCUCAGACGGGCGACGAGAACUUCCUGGUUCCACAGUUCUCUCAGGAAACGUACAUCCAGAUCACACAGCUGUUGGACCUGUGCAUGCUGGACAUCAACUCGUUGGACUACAGCUACAGCGUUCUGGCUGCAGCCGCCUUCUGCCACUUCUCCUCGUUUGACGUCGUUCACAAAGUCUCAGGUCUGACGUGGGACGGCGUCGCUCCUUGUGUCCGGUGGAUGAAUCCCUUCAUGGACGUUCUGCGUUCUCAAGCAGCUCCUCAACUCAAGAACUUCCCCAAAGUGAAAGCCGACGCCCGACACAACAUCCAGACACACGUGGCUUAUCUGGACCUACUGAGGAAAUCUCUGGACAAUCAGAUCGACAGCCUCGACUGUCAGCUGUCGCCCGUCGCCGUGGAAACCACCCUGACUCCGCCCAACAGCACAGAGAAACCAGCCAAUCACUGAGCCCGCUACCUCUCUGUCUGUCUGUCCAUACAGUUUCAGGUGUCCAAACUUCAUGUAGCGCGAUUCAUCAGGAACACUAAACCAGGAACUGAUUCUUGUGAGCCUUUUUCAUUCAUUUGGUUUUAGAAUUCUUUGGGUGUAAUUUACAGACUAAAUAGUAAAAACUUUGGUCUAAGCAACAGCAGAGUCCACGGAGGUGAAGUGGAGACGCCAACUGUUUCGUUGCUUCUUUAUUUUAUUUUAAUAAACUCUUCGUGGUCUGAGAGGAACCUGAGCAUUGUGACGUGUUUUUCUGUCACUCUUCUUGGAAUGAAAGCUUCCAGAUGGAGCUUCAGUCAGAUUCUCAGGGAAAUCAUUUAAUUCCACUCUGAACUCUGCAACAUUAAAGUAAAGUUUAAUUCUAAAUUCCCACUAAAAUGUGCAUUUGGUCGCCACAAAGAAACUGAUUAUCUACAAAGCCGCUCUCUGUUUCUGCUUCAUGAGCCGUACGAACAAACAGACACUUUAUUUGUUGAACAUCCAGAAACCUGCGUUUUGUUUUGAACGCACCGACCGGUUUGUGGCUCAAUAAUCCCCCUUUUAUUCUUUUAAAUCUUUAAUAUCGUGGCAACCUGGUUGCACAUUCUUGUUACAUUCCUGGGAAACUUGACAUUCAUAGGAAAACUGCACACGAUUGUGCAAAGGUUUUUGCUUUUCAAUUUUUUUUUAAGUGCUUGUAUUUAUUGCUAAGCCUUAGUGUGUAAAAACUAAACAUGUUUAUAUGUAUAAACAAAUAUUUCAGUGAUGAAUGAGCUCAGUUUGAUUGCUGCCAAAGGCAAAAACUAUUUAUGAUUUUGCUCCGUGACACCUGUUGUUGAAUUACUGUUCAUUAAAUGUUGUACACUUCUUAGUGCCUUUUAAGAUGAAUAUAAACUGAGCGGCUACUUAACUAAAGCUGUAGUGUCGAACAACAUGUGACUGUAAACCUGAAGCCUCUGCAGUGAACCAACAACCAUGUCAACUGUAUGUAGAAUGUCGAAGAAUGUAUGUUUUUGUAAAUAGAGCAAUUCAGAAAUGUGUAAUUUUUGUUUUAUAUUGGAAUGUUUUAAAUAAAUGAAG